AUGGAUGCUUGGUCGGCCGGAAAUGAACGAGGUCAAGCGGAUGCUAUGGGGCCCACUGUCACUCGUACCGCAAGUGCUAAGACGAAGACCCCCUCGCCACCACCGCUCAAAAACGGCAAAGAUAUCCGGGAGUCAGGGUAUCUAAUAGCUGUUGGAUCCAGAACUGCCAGAUUCCGUCGAAAACACAAAAAAAGCAUGACCCUCAUUGUAAUUUUAACCCUGAUGGCAUUUUUAUUGAUCUUUGCCAUCGUAAUGACAGUUUUAUAUGUUCGACAAAAACACAAAAAGCCCGUCCGUUUGUGUGAAACUAAGGAGUGUCUGCGUUCAGCUGCUAGCUUGGCGCUGUCCAUGGACCGAACAGCCGAUCCUUGCGAAGACUUCAAUCAGUAUGUCUGUGGCAAUUGGGGGGAGGAGCAUCCAAUGCCCGAAGAAUACAGCUCAUACGAUUGGUUUAGCUACAAGCAAGACAGAGUGCUUGCUUCCAUCAAGCUAUUUCUCACGAAAAACUCCAGCAAGGAUCCCCUGCCGAUAAAACAAGCUAGAGAUAUGUACGCCGCUUGUAUGGAUGUCGGCAAAAUUGACCAACUGGGCCACCAGCCUGUGUACUCCAUUUUAGCCUCGAUAGGCCUUCCUUCACACCCAACAUACCUCAACAUCUCAGAAGUAGAUUACUCUACAUAUACAUUCGACUGGGUGGGAGUGGUCACAAACAUCAAAGUGCUUCUAGGCAUGGAUAUCCUUAUUGGAUUCGAUAUAUUCUCAGAUCCCUUGAACUCGUCCGCUUACCGUCUAGCAUUGGGUUCGCCUGAAACAACCAAUCCAUUUCCAAGCUUGUACGCAAUGCAACGUAAAUGGGCCAGAAAAGAAUUCCCAUUGAGGCAACUCCCAAAACAGAAAGAACAUAGCGACUUAAUGUACCUCACUCAUGAUGAAGAAACGUACGCCAAAGUGCACAAACUGUACUACGCUGAACUGUUGAAGAUUUUUCUUGAAGGAGAAGGUGGAAACCAAACUGCAAGUUUUGACAAUGAUGUUAUCGUGGAAAAGGUCAUAGCCGCUGCCGCAACUUAUUAUGAUAUGCGGAAUGAUUUGUACGACAUCGAAUCUGAGAACGAUACCGAAAGUGAAAUAGAAAAUUACGUUAUACCAAGAUACACAGCGGACGAACUCCAAGCCUUAACAGAUCAAACCGUUGCUCAAAACAAUGGAAGCGUAGUCCCUAUAUGGAAGAAAUACGUGGAAGGGGUAUUUAAUGUUAGUGAAACUAAACUGGAUUUUGGUAAAGAGAAAAUAUUAGUUGCGGACUUAGAUUUGAAGUACAUGUCGCGUAUGGCAGCGUACGUGGCGAAAAUUCAUCCCGUUGUUCUGGAAUUGUAUGUUUGGGUUAAGGUUGUAGAAGUUAUAGCAAUACACACUACCUCGGAACUCCGAUCCCUGUACUACGAUGCAUACAAUGAUCUGCAAGAAAGUGACACUAAGAUCCCCACUAGAGCACAUCUAUGUACUGAAGCUGUCAAUGAUAUGAUGGGCAUGGCAGUGGCUUACGGUAUCGCCGAUCCUGACUUCGUUAAUAAUUCAAAACCAAAGAUUGAAAGGAUGAUAUAUGAAUUGAAAAAUUCCUUAGCACAUCUAGUCGGUCAAGUCAAAUGGAUGGAUGACAACACAAAAGUGGCAACAUACCAAAAGAUUAUAUUGAUGAAGUCUCUAAUAGGAUUUCCUGAUUGGCUAAUGGUCGAGGGGAAGUUAGAGGAAUAUUACAAAGGUAUAGAGAUCAACAGAGAAACUCACCUGUACAAUAUGAUAAACAUAAUCCAAGUCAAAAUAAAGAACGUGCUAAACAAAUUCCGGGAGAAUGGCAGUUUGUCUUGGGCUACAGAUCCUACUGAAGUUAACGCUUACCACACAUUCCAGGAUAACACUAUAACCGUACCUCUUGUUAUAUUACAAUAUCCUUUUUUUGACUUGGGAUUGGAUUCGUUGAAUUACGGCUCACUAGGCACUGUACUUGGACACGAAAUAACUCACGGUUUUGAUAGUAUUGGUCGCAGAUACGACAAAUUCGGUAACAUGGUCCCAUGGUGGACCAAUAACACAAUAGAUACGUUUGUCAACAUGUCUCGGUGCUUCGUUGAUCAAUACUCUGCGUACUACCUUCCUGAGAUCAAUGAACACGUCAGUGGUAAAAACACUUUACCGGAAAAUAUAGCAGAUAAUGGGGGAGUCAGAGAAGCCAUUGCAGCAUUGAAAGAACACCUUAAGAAAUUUGGUCCCGAACUCAAGCUACCUGGCUUCGAAGAAAUGUCGCCCGAGCAAUUAUUCUUUCUAUCCUAUGGAAAUCUCUGGUGUGGAACUUCAACAAAAAGCUCGUUAAAGGUCAACCUGAAAGACGAGCACACCCCUCUGCCCUUCAGAGCAAAGGGCGUCCUGCAGAACAGCGAAGAGUUCUCCAGGGCUUUCAAGUGCCGCCCUGGGUCGUCAAUGAACCCGAAUAAGCGAUGUAUUAUAUUUUAA